AAAGGUCUCAGCCGCAAGGAAUCCGACAAACAACAAUAAUUUCCAUGCUCCGCCCGCUAUCGAACAAUUAAUCUGGCGCCGGGACGCCGUCGUUGUUCACGGUGGCGCUAGGCAGGGAUUGUGAUGUGCCCUAAUCCUCCGUCUUGCGGCCCCCGCCUAAAUUGCAUGGUCAAUCAAUCAUCAAUCAUCAAUGGUGGCAUGUUCUUCUGUGUUAUCGACUCACUCAAAAUUUCUUGGCUGGGUCGAUAGAGAUCUAGUUUCUCGCGUUCACCAUCUGAUUCGUCAUGGCUUCCUUUCCGCCAUAAGCCCGGCGCUUCGUGCUGCUGCUUCUUCAUCGACAGGUUCCCUUCCUGCCUUUCUUUUUCUUUUCUCUUUUUUUCUCUUGGUGUCGUCUCCUCUCACCCCUGUUCUUUUCCUUCUCGCCCUUGCCCGACAUACCCACUCCCCCUAGAUAUUCUCCGAGCCAGGAUGACGGACCACAAGCAUGGCAGGCAGCUAAAGGCUACCCCUGUCGACCUCGAUGAGCUGCCGGCAGAUUACUACUGCAGUAAGAACUUUAUCGGCUCGCUUAUAGCCGUCUGUUUGAUGGCCAUUAGCCUCUACCUGGGUUAUGUUUUGCCGGUGAACAGUUUGAGCGCGAUCAAUGCCGAUUUGGGGCCAGACCCCAGCUAUACCUUAAUAUCGACCGUCUUUACGCUAAUCUCUGGGGUCGGCCUCCUGCUUGUGGGUCGUUUGGGCGACCUGUUCGGGCGCCGGUAUAUCCUCAUUGGAGGCCAGGUGCUCGGCCUCAUCGGCGCCAUUGUCUGCGCGACAGCCAAGACCGUUCCCACGGUUAUCGGUGGUAGUGUUCUCUGUGGACUGGCUGCUGCAGUGCAAUUGACCUUCAGCUUUGUGAUAGCUGAGCUGGUCCCCAACCAGGCUCGUCCGGCUGUCAACGCCUGUAUUUUCAUCACGACCCUGCCUUUCUCCGCCUUUGGAGCCGUGAUCGCCGAUCUGUUCAUCGCCAACACAGCUCGCUCCUGGCGCUGGACCUACUAUCUCAACAUCAUCACCUGCGGCCUGUCCGUCAUUUUGCUGGUGCUGUUCUACUUUCCUCCGGGCUGGGAUGCCAAACGCGGAACCGAGAGUCGCAUCGCUGGUCUCAAGAAUUUUGACUACAUCGGCUUCAUCUUGUAUGCCAGCGGGCUGAUUCUGGUGUUGCUCGGCCUCUCAUGGGGCGGUACCUCUUAUGCGUGGCAUUCGGCACACGUCGUCGCCGUCCUGGUAAUUGGAUUCGUCUGCUUGAUUGCCUUUGCCCUCUACGAAAUCUUCGUCCCCCUUGAGCAGCCGCUCUUGCCCAUGUCGCUGCUCCGAAACCGCGGGUACGCCGGAGCCGUGUGCUCUGCUCUGGUUGGAAACAUGGUAUACUUCUCCAUGAGUCUGCUCUGGCCGACAGCCAUUUCCGCCCUAUUCACCACCAACACCAUCAAAGCCGGUUGGCUCUCGAUCUCUACCGGUGCCGGUGUUCUUGUCGGUGAAGUUGCUGCCGGUCUGCUGAUGAAGCCAAUUGGCUACACCAAGUACCAACUCAUCGUGACGACUGUGAUGAUCACUGCCUUCUCAGGAGCCCUAGCCGCCGUCAACCAACACCGACAAUCGUAUGGCAUCGCGUUCACCGCUAUCGGCGGCUUCUGGGUCGGCUACCUCGAACUCAUCACCAUCAUCAUGUGCCCUCUCUACUGCAAACCCGAGGAUAUCGGUCUCGCCAGCGGUUUCCUCGGCUCAGCCAAGCAAGUCGCCGGCACGAUUGCCACCGCCAUCUACGUCGCCAUUCUCGACAACCGCAUCGCCGCAGACAUCCCCAAAGAUGUCUCCGCCGCCGCCAUGAAAGCCGGCUUACCCUUCUCCUCCGUGACCGAUCUUCUCGAGGCCGUCUCCGCCGGCACCACCGCCGCCUACGACGCCGUCCCCGGCAUGACCACCACCAUCCUAUCUGCCGUCAUGGACGCAGUCAAGACCGCUUACUCGCAGUCCUUCCGGACGGUCUUCCUAGUUAGUAUUGCCUUUGGUGGGCUGUCCGUAAUCACCUCGUUGUUUUCGGCCCCCGUUGAUGAUCACUUCACGAAUGAUGUCGCGGCGAAAUUGUCCGGCGCGGGGGCGAGUGAUGAUGUGCUUACGCAGAAGAAGGAUGUUGAGUCAAUUUGAGGUAGUUUUGCGAGUGCAGGGUACCCUUUUGCGGGGGUAGUAUAAUGGAUUGGAUGUAAUCACUAUAGAUGCUAUGAUGUAGAUGGUAUCUAUCUAUCUAUCUAUCUAUCUAUCUAUCUAUCUAUCUAUCUCUGAAGAGU